AUGGGGGUGCUCAUGUCAAAGAAGCAGCAGGUGGAGAAGGUGCAGAAAUGCAGUGCCGUCGUCUCUGCCUUCCAGUCUGGCCUUAAGGAUCGUGCUGCUGCAGCCAAGCAGGCGGAAGGAGAAGUGGAGGAAGGUGACAGGCCUGCCAAAACCUCAGCCAAUCCUGAAGAGAAGAACACAGAGAAGGUGGAAAAAGAGGAAACAGACAAUAGCGCAGGUCCGUCGACCUCCCAGCAGGCCUCAGCUCCGGCAAGGGACGAGUGUAAGGUCAAUCAGGAGGCUUGGUCGAGGUUGCGGGAUGGGAAGGGAGUGGAACCUGAAGAUCUCGACAAGACACAUCAGCUCACGCCGCCUGCUUUCGUGCGGCCCAAAAGGGAGGCCGAUGACGACCAGCCUGUAGAAGUGGAGCUGGAAAAGAAAGAGCAGCCACCAAGUGAUGAGAUGUGUGACGUGUGUGAGGUGUGGACGGCCGACGACCUGUACCCCUGCAGGAUCUGCACACGCGUGUUUCACGACGGCUGCCUGAGGGAGUUGGGCUACCUGCGUGCCGAGGCCUUGCAGGAGAUGAGAGAUACAGCCCACUCUGUUACUGGAUGGAGCUGCUACUAUUGUGAUAAUCUGAAUCUACUCCUAACAGAGGAAGAGAUGUACAGCCUCUUGGAGACCUUUAAGCAGUGCAAGAUCAUCCCAGAGUCAUGCCUGGUAUCAGAUGAGCUGCUGCAGUACCGCCACUUUGUAUCUAAGCAGCAGUUUGAUAAGGACCUGACUGAUGAACAAGAGGAGGAAGUCCUGGCCCAGUUUGCAGCGCUUGAUCCUGAGAAGAAAGGUCACAUUGAAUGGUCGGACUUCCUCUACUUUGAGUCUCUGGCAAUGUUGAGGAAGUUUCGGACAGAGAACUCAAUGGUGCGCCUGUUGACUGCCAAGGAGAGAGAAAAAGCACGGUCAGUGUUCCUUGGUCUGGAUCUGGAUAAAGAUGGCAUGAUCACAAGAGCAGAAUGCCGCCAGGCCCAGCAGUCCUGGUUCCACAAUCUCAACAAAGACUCGCAGUCCUGCAAUGUGAGUAUUAGUCAAGUUGGCCCCAUAUGUGAGAGCAGUCCGGGAAGCUCUGGCAGCGAAAGGAGCAAGACUGGUGACAGCAGGCCAGUGACCUGGGCAGACUUUUUAAAGGAGAGUGCCAUAUAUAUUUUGGCUGCACGUCCCAAUAGUUCUGCCAUGCACAUCCACCUGCCUCUAUAGUCGAGGAUCCUCCACUGCACCCAAGCAGAGAGAGGGAGAGAGAGCUAGAGGGUGUACCUUAUAGUCUACAGAUGAGCGGAGGAAGAUAGAUGUGAUGACGUGAUGGCAUGAGGAAGGCAACGGAGUGAACUGGAUGAAGCACUGAGAGACAGCAGGGUGAGGCCAUCGACAGAAUCUCUCCUCCUCUGCGUCACCUCGAUCCACAACACUGACAACACACAUGCUGAUUGACCCACCGACGACGCAAGUGACAGCAGCUGUCACAGGUCCCAACUCUAAAAUCUGACGGUUUCUAACAAAUGUGAGCGAUAGCAGGAGGAAGACAACCACCCACUCAUGACUAGUCAGUCAGUCAGUGUUAUUUCUGAACCUUUGAGUGAAGAGAUUAUACACGCAGUCAGACAAACUCCUAGGGUACUCACACUCUGUUUUAAAUGACAAAUACUACACUCUAUGGCCAUCCAGCUACAUAACACACCUCUUCAUGCGGGUACAUUAAUUUGACAGGCUGUUACUCUUUCAAGUAUUCAUUCCUCUGGGCCUCAUCAUGUCCUAAUAAUAACUCCAUGCUACUGUAAUGGGAUUGUGUUAUUCACCAUCAAAAUUGUUAAUCACUAUAAACAGAGGCACAUGCCAAUUCAUAACUGGUACUGUUUGACCAAUGGAUACAUUUCGGAGAGUAGAUUAAGCAGCCGCCAUUAUCAGAACAUAUACCAAACAGAAAUGAUAGUUAUCUGCAUACAUAUUAAAUCAUGCUAUACAUACCAGUAUUUAUUAUGCAUUAAAAAUCCGUAUUUAUUCCUGUAACCUCUGAUGUAUCCUGUUUUUUUCCCAUUCUCAUCUGAGAAUAUAUGUUUUCCUGAAGUACUACAUGUGAAAAAGAAUGUGAAGUGAACAUUAAUGAAAGCUAAACCAUUAAGUGACUUGUAUAUACUGCCAUAUAGCACAUUUUCUUCCUGUUGUGCGCUCAGAGCUGCACUAUGACAAGGUGGAGACAUCUGCCCCCCUGCUCUAGUGUCAUUAUUUGCACUUUGGGAAUGAAAUGUAGUGAGACCACUCUGUGACAUAAUCAUGUAAUGAAUUGUUGAAAGACAGUGGGAGAUGUGAUGCAAACAUAUAUCCUUUGUUAAUAUGCAGAAGCAAUGUUUAAACUUGUUAUGGAAGACAUGGCAGGAAUUCUAUAAUGUUAAAGGUUAUUCAACAAUUUAAAUGCACAUGAAACUGCCCCUAGAAUCACUGGAAACAUACUUUAACAAAUAAAACGCCAUGUAGUGUUUAUGCCGUGUAAUGAAAGUUCUAUGCCAGUUCCUUUUAGUGAAUAAAGUAUGGUUAUGACAUGAAUGUUGGUAGUAUGAGGGA